AUGGCGCGUGGCAGACCGUCAAGAGCUGCGGCUCGUCGCAGCACACCGGUGCGAACAGCCACUCCCCAACAGGACUCCGAUGAAGAGAUGGUGGACGCACAGGAUUCACGCGCAGAGACUCCCGCACAAGACGAUGAUGCCGGGACCCCGGCGCAGGAGUCGGAGGAAGAGAAGGCACCCUCAGAGCCAUCCUCUCCCCCCGUUAUUCAAUCAUUUCCGCGCAAAAAGCGUCUUGGCCGACCGCCGAAAAAUCGACCGCCGGACUGGAAUGUCAUUGAACCCGACAACGCUUCGGAGGGUGGUACGCCUAUCAAACGAAAGCGAGGACGACCCGCAGGGGGAGGGCAACGGGGCCGACCGAGGGGUGGACCGGCACAGCCUACACGUGUGGCAAUCGACAAGGAGGGAACCAUGGCAGAUGUUGUCAACGACGAGGUUGACCUCCCGGAAGACCCGGAAGGUGAAGAGAAGGUUGAUAAGCUGGGAAAUCUAAAAGGAGGCCGGGACUAUCGCGUGCGAGUGUUCACAAUCACUGGACGAGGAGAUCGGCUGUACAUGUUGUCGACGGAGCCAGCUCGCUGUUGCGGCUUCAGGGACAGCUAUCUCUUCUUUACCAAGCACAUGCAGCUCCACAAGAUCAUUAUCGAUGACUCCGAGAAAAGAGACCUCAUCGAACGAGACAUCAUACCACAUUCCUACAAGGGUCGUGCGAUUGGUGUAGUCACUGCGCGUUCUGUCUUCAGAGAGUUCGGUGCCCGCAUAAUCAUCGGCGGAAAGAAGAUCAUCGACGACUACUAUGUCACCGCAGCACGGGAGAGGGGUGAUGUGGAGGGCGAACUAGCAGAUCCGAAUGACAAACUGCCGCCACCAGGGGAGCCUUACAAUAAAAACCAAUACGUUGCAUGGCACGGUGCCAGCAGCGUCUAUCAUACAGGUGUGCCCAGCGUUCCUGUGUUACCGGGAAAGCCGGCGCCCGGAAAGCGGAAAGUGAAUAUCACCUCUGCCAAUUGGCAGUUCGAACAUGCACGGUCAUCAAGUCGCUUCAACUCAUCACUUUCUGCUUUACGGAAGGCGAACAUUCAGGGCAUAUAUGAUCCGCAUACAAACUUGAUGUGCUAUCCCAAGAUCACUCAACCUACGCAUGCGAGAUGGGAAGAAGUUCCCCCGUCCGAAUCUGACGUUCCAGAGGCGGUACGCCGGAAUUAUCUCGUCAUCGAUACAUACUUGCAAACGCCUCCUUUCUCGGGAUUGGGAAUCCCUGGACCCGAUGGAGACUUUUACGACGUGGGACCCAAUGGCCUACCCGAUGUCUCAGAGGAAGAUAUAGCCAAAAUGAGCGAGGAAACGCGUCAAGCGUUCCUGAAAGCCAAGCAGGCGGAACAAGAGUGGAAGAACCAAUGGCAGUCGGAAGCUGUGGACGGCGCACGAGCGAAGAUCAAGAUCAACUACACCGGCGUUCCUGUUUAG